CCAUCACUCUCUCUCUCUCGCUACCAGCAUCCUCGUACACAUCACUCGUGGCUGCUCGUCUACUUGGACCUUCGCUCCGCCCGCAACGCCCGCCCAUCUGCCUCCGUCGGGCUAACCUCGCAGCCCCAGAUCAUCGCACAGCCUCCGCUCCCCGCGCCAGAGCAACCAAUUCGGCGGGGCCUUUCGUACUAGACUCGGACAUCUCACUGCUCCCACCCAAGGCAUUGACCUGUCCCUUUUACCUUACUAUAUCGCUGAGCAGCCAAUAUGCCCAAUCCUCAUUACGACUUGCUGCUGAAGCUCCUCCUCAUUGGAGACUCUGGUGUUGGAAAGUCAUGUCUGCUGCUACGAUUCUGCGAUGAUGCAUGGACACCCUCCUUCAUCACCACCAUCGGAAUUGACUUUAAGAUCAGGACAAUUGAGCUCGAUGGAAAGAGGAUCAAGCUGCAGAUUUGGGACACAGCAGGACAAGAGAGGUUCCGAACAAUCACAACGGCUUACUACCGUGGCGCAAUGGGUAUCCUCCUCGUCUUCGACACGACUGAUGAGAGGAGCUUCCAGAACAUCCGAACUUGGCAUUCCAACAUCGAGCAGCACGCAUCCGAGGGCGUCUCCCGUCUGCUAGUCGGCAACAAGUCCGACUGGACCGAGAAGCGGGCCGUCUCCCGCGAGGAAGCCCAAGCUCUGGCCGACGAGCUAGGUAUCCGCUAUGUAGAGACCAGCGCCAAGAACAAUGAUCAGGUUGACGAUGCCUUUUUCAGCUUGGCUAGGGAGGUCAAGGCGAAGCUUGCAGAGAGUGGAGUGGCUGGAGCGGCUGGUGGGGCUGGGGGAAGUGCAGCGGCUGGUUCGACGGGGGCUAGUGGAGGAAAUGUCAAUGUGGGCGCUCAAGGGAACACCAAGGCAGCGGGAGGAUGCUGCUGAGGGGACUCUCCUGAUAGACCAGGGCACUCUCACUUCUCGGCCGUCAAGCAGCACAAGCAGGAGGGACGAGUAGGAGGAGCACGAGUCGGACUUCUACACUAGCUCCCGACGAUACUUCUGCACCUAUCCUCCCCUCUCCCUGCUCCGCCCCUCUGGCCACCCGCCUCGUCCCCUCGACCCCUCUCCCUUGUCUUUACUCCUCUCCUGUCCUCUCCUAUUCUCUUGUCCUUGUCAUGAUUCUGCGAAAUAGCACCUCUUACGUCCCCAUUUCCGUCCCGUCCCCGUCCCCGUCCCCGUCCCCGUCCCCAACCUGGUUGCUCUUGCUUGCUUGCUCUGCAAACUCCCCCUCGAGGUCUGGAGAGAGAGAGAGAGAGAGACUAUUCUAUCGAUCGCCAAAUGAGCACCAAGGCUCGGAUCGGGGCGGGGCGAGGCAGUCUCGUUCAAGUCUG